UACAACACCAGAAGGUCCUGGACCUCUUUCACGGUGUUCAGACUGGGGAACUGCAGUGGAAGAAGAUGAAAUGAGGACCAAUGUUAACAAAGAAAUUGCAAGAUAUAGAAGAAAACUUCUGAUAAAUGAAUUUUCAAGAGAAAGAAAGUCCUCCUCUGGAAGUUCUGACUCAAAGGAGUCCAGUAUAACAGUGGAACUUGAGACAGAUGAAGUGGUUUUGAUGAGAAGGCAAAAACAGAUAAACUAUGGAAAAAACACCAUUGCAUAUGAUAGAUAUAUUAAAGAAGUUCCUAGGUGCCAUCGUAUAUCAGGAGUUCAUCCCAGAACUCCGAAUAAAUUUAAGAAGUACAGCCGUAGGUCAUGGGACCAGCAAAUUAAACUAUGGAAAGUGGCAUUGCAUUCCUGGGAUCCACCUACUGAAGAAGGAUGUGAUCUGCAAGAAAUUAGUCCUGUUGAUCUUGGUGAGAUGGAGACAGAAUCCAUCGGAAGCAGUUCUACUGAGUCUCAAACAAGUUCUCAAGAUAACUAUGAAACUUACUCUGGCACUCCCACAAAAGUCAGACAUGUCGACUAUCAAGCAGAAGGUGAAUUUGACUUGGAAGCAUGUUUGAGUGAGCCACUUAAAGAUUUCAAUACUGUGAGUUAAAUAGUCUUGGGCAGAUUAUUUCAGAGGAAGUUUCUUUUAAAUUUGAGAGGUUAGCCUGAUUAAUCAACUAUUACCUGUUAAUAGUAUGAAAGCCUGAGCAAAGUUCAAGACUGUUCUCUAAGCUGUGGCUGGUCAAUGCAUCCUCUGGACCAAACCUAUGUAAAAAUAGAAUUAAGUUGUGUGACUUUGUAACUUCUA